AUGAAUAUUGACAUGAGAGGAGAAAUCAGCUCCGUGAACCCAAAGUCAAUGGAGGAUCUCGAGGAGGUCACACCCUUGCUUGAGUUUCCAGAUCGUCUCUUACAAAUCGACACCCAACUCCCGCCGGCUGUUCGCCAAGAACUAAUCAGGUUCUUAAAAGAGAAUACUAACAUCUUCGCUUGGUCCCAUGAGGAUAUGCGCGACAUUAGCCCCGAUGUGAUCACCCACCGCCUCAGUAUUGAUCCACAGUACCGCCCCGUUCACCAGAAGCGUCGUCUGGUAUGCCGCAAUGAAAACAAAGGCGGACAAGUUACAACGGAAUAA